GUUAGGAGCAGCACCAGCAGCAGUAGAUAGAGACAGCAGAGGCACAGUUACUGCAGCAGCCAGGAGAGGCUGUCCUUCAGCCGUGCACCAUCUACCGCUGCAUUCACCUCUGCCCUGAGAAACGCAACGCUCAUCCCUGUGCUCUCUUUCUGUGUCUCUCCUCGCUCCUCCCUCACCUUCUGUCCUCUUUGAAUUCAUCUCUUGAAUUCGUCCCCCUCUCUCUCUCUCUCUCUCCCUCCCUCCCUCUCUCUCUCUCUCUCUCUCUGUAGCAGUGAUGGGGAAGACCACCAUGUAGAGACAGAGAGGCAGCGGAGGCAACAGCAGAAUAGCAGCAAUGGGAAGCCACACAUGGAGCGGGUCUGGACUGCAGCCGUGGUGAGCCUGAGACCUACAGGACUUGGAGCCACUCUCAUUGCCCUUCUCAGGACCUGACCACUGGGGCUGUCCAACGCUUACCUGGAUGCUCCCACUUGUGUUUUCACGUCCCCUCCUCUCCUCCUUCUCUGCUGCUCUCUCUCCUCUUCUUCUGUUUCUUCUCUUUGAUGGUUUUUUGGUCUGCUGAAAUCUGUCUCUCCUGAAACGGAGAAGCUGCUCAUCAGUUUGUUCCCCUCGGAUUUUUCCCCCUUUUUAAUCUCUCUAUCUGCUUACUUUACCCACAAGAGUUGUUCUUUUUUCUCCCCUCUUUUUUUGGUUGUUGUUGCCUGCUUGAUACGUGUUUUGGAUUUUUUAUUUUUGGAUGAGACUGAGCUAAGCUGUUGUGCAAGCUUUUUUGUCAGAUCUAUAAGCAAUAACAAAAACUAAUAUAACUGAGUUGACUAGCUGACAACAUGGGGGACAUGUCGAACAGCGAUUUUUAUGCCAAGAACCAAAGAAACGAGGGCAACCAUGCGGCAGCCUUCGGCUGCUCGGUCAUGGAGCUGCGCUCGUUGAUGGAGCUGCGUGGCACAGAGGCGGUGGUCAAGCUCCAGGAGGACUACGGGGGAGUGGAAGGACUGUGCAAACGACUGAAAACCUCACCCACAGAAGGUCUUGCAGGUGCCCAAACUGACCUGGACAAGAGAAAAGAAAUAUUUGGUAAAAACCUGAUACCUCCAAAAAAGCCAAAAACCUUCCUGCAGCUGGUAUGGGAGGCCCUGCAGGACGUCACCCUCAUCAUCCUGGAGAUCGCUGCCCUGAUCUCCCUGGGCCUCUCCUUCUACCACCCUCCCGGAGAGAGCGGCGGAGAAUCCUGUGGUGCAGCAGCAGGCGGUGUGGAGGAUGAAGGAGAAGCAGACGCUGGCUGGAUUGAGGGCGCCGCCAUCCUGCUGUCAGUAGUGUGUGUGGUGCUGGUGACGGCCUUCAACGACUGGUCGAAGGAGAAGCAGUUCCGUGGGCUGCAGAGCCGCAUCGAGCAGGAGCAGAAGUUCCAGGUGGUCCGUGGGAGCCAGGUCAUACAGCUGCCUGUGGCUGACAUAGUAGUUGGGGACAUCGCACAGAUCAAAUACGGUGAUCUGCUUCCUGCUGAUGGAGUGUUGAUCCAAGGCAACGACCUGAAGAUCGAUGAGUCAUCAUUGACCGGAGAGUCAGACCACGUCAAGAAGUCUGCAGAUAAGGACCCCAUGCUGUUAUCUGGGACCCAUGUGAUGGAGGGGUCAGGGCGCAUGGUGGUGACUGCUGUCGGUGUCAACUCUCAGACUGGAAUCAUCUUCACCCUGCUGGGGGCCGGUGUAGAGGAAGAGGAGAAGAAAGAAAAGAAAGGAGGGGCAGUGGAAGACGGACACCAGAACACAGACUGCUCCCAUCCCCCUAUCCACCCCAUCGCAACUAUAGCCACGGAUGGGGCUGCAGGCAUUAAUGCCCCAGGCAGUGCCAGCCUAAUUAAUGGUAAAAUGCAAGAUGGCAAUAUGGAGAGCAACCAGAUUAAAGUGAAGAAGCAGGAUGGAGCAGCUGCCAUGGAGAUGCAGCCUCUAAAGAGUGCUGAAGGCGGAGAGGCCGAUGAGAAAGAGAGGAAGAAAGCGUCAGUUCCAAAGAAAGAGAAGUCUGUGCUGCAAGGGAAGCUGACCAAACUGGCUGUCCAGAUUGGCAAAGCAGGUUUGCUCAUGUCAGCCAUUACAGUCAUCAUCCUGGUCCUGUACUUUGCCAUCGACAACUUUGUGAUGCAGAAGCGCCCCUGGAUGCCAGAGUGCACCCCCAUCUACAUCCAGUACUUUGUCAAGUUCUUCAUCAUCGGUGUGACUGUGUUGGUGGUGGCCGUGCCAGAGGGGCUUCCGCUGGCCGUCACCAUCUCCCUGGCUUACUCUGUCAAGAAAAUGAUGAAAGACAACAACCUGGUGCGUCACCUGGACGCAUGUGAAACCAUGGGCAAUGCUACAGCCAUCUGCUCGGACAAAACAGGCACACUGACCACCAACCGCAUGACAGCUGUGCAGUGUUACGUUGGAGAUGUGCACUACAAAGAAAUCCCGGAUCCUGGAGCUCUGCCACCCAAAUCACUGGAAUUACUGGUCAAUGCCAUCUCCAUCAACAGCGCCUAUACCACGAAGAUACUGCCCCCAGAUAAGGAAGGCGGUCUGCCGAAGCAAGUGGGCAACAAGACAGAGUGCGGCCUGCUGGGUUUGGUCUUGGACCUGAAGCGGGAUUACCAGCCAAUAAGAAACCAGAUUCCAGAGGAGAAGCUUUACAAAGUCUACACCUUCAACUCCGUCAGGAAGUCCAUGAGCACCGUCAUCAAACUGCCUGAUGGGAGCUUCCGCAUGUACAGCAAGGGAGCCUCUGAGAUUGUACUCAAAAAAUGCAGCCAUAUCCUGAACGAGGUGGGUGAGCCGAGGGUUUUCCGUCCACGAGACAAGGACGAGAUGGUGAAGAAGGUGAUUGAGCCCAUGGCGUGCGAUGGCCUGAGGACCAUCUGUGUGGGAUAUCGUGACUUUCCCAGCGAUCCUGAGCCCAACUGGGAUGAUGAGAACAACAUCCUCAGUGACCUCACAGCCAUCUGCGUCGUCGGAAUAGAGGACCCUGUCAGGCCAGAGGUGCCCGAUGCCAUUCAGAAGUGUCAGCGCGCAGGCAUCACAGUGCGAAUGGUGACAGGAGACAACAUAAACACAGCUAGGGCCAUAGCCAUCAAGUGCGGUAUCAUCCACCCUGGAGAGGACUUCCUCUGCAUCGAUGGCAAAGAGUUCAACAGGAGGAUCCGCAACGAGAAAGGAGAGGUGGAACAGGAGCGGAUUGACAAGGUUUGGCCAAAACUCCGAGUCCUGGCCAGAUCAUCCCCAACCGACAAACACACACUGGUCAAAGGCAUUAUUGACAGCACUAUGGUCGACCAGAGGCAGGUGGUGGCUGUGACAGGAGAUGGGACCAAUGAUGGACCUGCUCUAAAGAAAGCUGAUGUUGGAUUUGCCAUGGGUAUUGCUGGUACAGAUGUGGCCAAGGAGGCAUCAGAUAUCAUUCUUACUGAUGAUAACUUCAGCAGCAUCGUGAAGGCCGUCAUGUGGGGCCGAAACGUUUACGACAGCAUCUCCAAGUUUCUUCAGUUCCAGCUGACUGUCAAUGUUGUGGCCGUCAUAGUGGCUUUCACUGGCGCCUGCAUCACCCAGGACUCCCCCCUGAAAGCAGUGCAGAUGUUGUGGGUGAAUCUGAUCAUGGAUACUUUUGCAUCUCUGGCCCUGGCGACAGAGCCUCCCACAGAGUCUCUGCUUAAGAGGAAGCCAUAUGGUCGCAAUAAGCCUCUGAUCUCCAGCACCAUGACAAAGAACAUCCUCGGACAUGGAGUCUAUCAGCUCAUUAUCAUCUUCACCCUGCUCUUUGUUGGUGAACAGAUCUUUGACAUUGACAGUGGCCGUAACGCUCCUCUCCACUCUCCUCCCUCUGAGCACUACACCAUCAUCUUCAACACCUUCGUCAUGAUGCAGCUGUUUAAUGAGAUAAACGCCCGCAAAAUCCACGGAGAGAGGAAUGUCUUUGAUGGUAUCUUCAGGAACCCCAUCUUCUGCUCGAUUGUUUUUGGCACAUUUGCUGUACAGAUUGUGAUUGUGCAGUUUGGAGGAAAGCCAUUCAGCUGUCAGCCUCUGGACCUGGAAAAGUGGAUGUGGUGUGUUUUCCUCGGGCUGGGAGAGCUUGUGUGGGGACAGGUGAUAGCCACCAUACCUAAUAGCAGGCUGCGCUUCCUGAGGCGGGCGGGCCAGCUAACUCAGAAAGAUGAGUUACCAGAGGAGGACGUUAAUGAAGAAAAUGAGGAGAUCGAUCACGCGGAAAGGGAGCUGAGGAGAGGACAGAUCCUCUGGUUCAGGGGACUCAACCGCAUUCAGACUCAGAUCCGAGUUGUGAACGCAUUCCGUAGCUCCCUCUAUGAAGGCCUGGAAAAACCAGACUCCAGAACAUCCAUCCACAACUUCAUGACACACCCUGAGUUUAGGAUAGAAGACUCCACGCCCAACAUCCCCCUCAUUGAUGACACGGACGAUGACUCUGCUCGGAGGAGGAGGAAGUACUCCAGCCAGCCCUCAUCCCCUAACAAGAACAACAACGCCAUUGACAGUGGCAUCAAUCUCACCAUCGACACCAGUAAAUCCGCCGCUUCCUCCAGCCCCGCCAGUCCUCUGCACAGCUUGGAGACCAGCCUCUAACCCUGAUCCUACACUCAGCUCUAACCUCUAAUAUUGUUCCCUUGCGGUCCAGGGGGCGCCUCCUCAAAUUCCUCCAGACCUUUAACUGUAACCUUGUCGCCCCCAAAAUAUACACCUAAUUCUCACCUCCCAAUCCCCCAAUACACCAUUUGCCACCCACACAGGGCGGGUCCUGUGGAAAAAUGUCCAUCUUCCCUCCCCCUCCCUUAACCUUGAGCCCUUAAAGCUCCUUUCAAAAUGGAGAAAAUCUAAAUAAUAUGGCAAGGUGAAAAGAAAAACAAACUAACAUACAAUCAAAAAAGCGCAACAAAGCCACAAAACCUACACAGCCAUCCUGCUUUUGUGGUUGUAUGCGUAUGGUGGCAGCCGUGGUGGUGUGUAUGACUAUAUGCUUGUACUGGUUAGCAUGUACUGUAUAAGCGUGCCGCUGACUGCACAUAUGUAUGAACUGUGUCUUCAUUGGCACCAGGAGGAGGACGAUGAGGAGGGAGACUCUGCUGAGGAGUGAAAAUCACGAAACAGGACAGACUUUAAAACUCCCCUUACACUCCCUAUCCUCAACAAUAACAUUGUUAAUACUGAUAAUAGUUUAAAUUAAAUUGAAAAACAUUGUUAUUAUUCUAAUUCUGAUUCUGAUUAUUAUUGUUAUUAUUAUUGUUGCUCCUGCAUGAAUGUACAUUACCCAAGUUUUAUUUAAAAGGGUUUUAAUUUUAUUGGAGUUCUUUGGUUCUGAUGGGCUAGGCCUUCGCAGCGGACUGCAGUUUUAAAGACAGCUUCUCUGAUCUCCUGGCCUGCAAAGUUCCCUCUUCUGUGUGGCAUGAACAUGUACCCGACUGUAAAAAUUUAUUUCAUCCAUAAACGGAAAUGUGUACCGAGGUGGUAGGGCUCAACUUGCACAGUAGUUUUGCACCUGUCGGAAAAGAGGAACGCAAAAUAAUAAUGAUGAUAGCAUUUAUGGGAUAUAUUCUAUAAAUAUAAAUACAUAUAAAUAUAUUUAGAGAGAGUUUAUCUUUGUUUGUUGGCAUGUUGCCUUGUUCCUGCUUCAAUGGCUCAAAUUACUUUGACUUAUUUAUGUCUUAAAGAGAAUGUAAUUUGUUUACAACCUCGUAGAGAUAAACUUCCUGGUUUCUAGAAGGAGGGAGACGAAGUUGACGCUCAGAUGGACCAGAGCUGUGUUGGUGUGUUAUUACUGAAAAACCAUGUGCUGGAAUUUGCCUGCUAUCUUGUCAAAUAAUGUAGAUAUUUUUAGAGGAUUAACAACAAAAAGAAACCAAAAUAUAAUGGGAUACAUAGUAAAUGUGGAAUCUUAGUAUUACUCUAUAUGAUUGUUGGGAUCAAGUUGGAGUGGCUUGCCUUUGGUUUUUCUAAACAGAGGCCUCCUUUUGUGACAGAGGGGGAUAUUUAAUUCUUUUUUCCACUACUACUUCUCUCUCUCUUUUGUUUUAAAAUUAUGUUUUUUUUCUGUGCUUCAGCGCUGGCCUGGGGUCAGGGCUCGAGUCAAAGGCUGAUAUCAGGACCUUUAUAGUGAACUGUCUUCUAGAUAAACCUGCUUGUUCAAAGGACUUGAUGUUUUAAAAAUAUGUGUGACCAUCAAAAGGCUGCAGUUCAGUCAUAUUAGAAAUUUGCAAAGUUAUAUUUGGCUUAUCUGUACCGCACGGAAAUCAGAUUUUUGUUUUUAUUUUAUUUUUUUGGAGGGGGGUUUCAAACUUGGAAUAUAUUGCGUUGUUUAUUUUUUAUUUAAUUUCGAUUUAUUUUUGUUUCAAGGAGUUUCUUUUCGUCCAGCAGAGAGACACACGCAGCCCCACAAAGCUGUUGGCAUUUUUAACAUCUAAAAAAAAAGCAAAAACUGACAAAAAAAAAGACAAAUUACAACAAAAAUGGAAUGUUGCUUUGACUCUUUUUCUAUAUAUAAAAAAAAGAUUUUCUGCACUAUCUGGUUAUGAAUGAAAACUUCUGUGGUGUAAUUCUAGAUGUGCUUUUGUGUGUUUUAACCAAGCUUGUCUUCCUGCCGUCACAGAAUAUACAGUACUCUAGCAUCUCAACUGUACUCACUAAUUGUAAACUAUUUAUUGUGCUUUGACCAAUCAGACAUUACCAGAGAGACGUUACAUACAGAAGGCACAUUUACCCAGUCUUAUUGCACUCAGAAGGACAAGGCCACCUAACUAGCCUGUACUGUUGUUAUUUCUAUUACUAACCGAAGUCAUUGGCAAGCAUGACAUGAUAGACUCAUUAUGCAACUUGAGAAAAUUCACAAUUUUUCUACUUAAAAAGAAUCCUAUACACUACUACAGUAUAUACAAUCAUUUAUCCAAGCAGUUCUACCUUUUUUCUUUUUUAUAUCCUCCUCCUCUGUCAUUUCCCAGCCAAUCUGACCAUCUUGAGAGGGUGCACAAGCUUUACCAGUCAGCUCAGGCAUGUUGAAAAAGUAACAUGGACCGUUUGAAUAAAAAUCUGUCUCUUGUUUAAUUUUGGAGAAAAAAAAAGAAGAAAAACAGUCUGGAUUCUGAUAUUCUGCUUAGAAGCUGUUGAUUAAUUUUGUUUCCUUUCCAAUGUUUUAACUUGACAAUUUAUUUGUUUAUUUGUCUGUAAAAAAUUAAAAUAAUAAACAAGACAAAAACAUAACAUUUUCAAUAAUAAUAUAAUAAUAAAAAAAGACUUCAGCCAACAUUCUCAAACCAUUUUUACAUCCAGGAGGACAUUCAGCUUUAAGAGGAUGCAACGAAACUGAGUUUAAAAAUAAUCUUUGUAAAUACAGCAAUGAGUCCACUGAGGACAGAAACUCCAAUGCGGACUGGUGUAAAAACAGGAACUCUUCCUGACUACAUGUACCAUCAUGCACCACGACGAGUCAUACUGCCGACACAGCUGUUUGGCUGUAUGUAAUCAAUCACUGCUCCUGUCAGAAACUUUUAAACAUCGUGAUUACAUCCGAAUCAUAACACGUGUUGUAACAACCAAUGAUUAUGUUGAUGAUGACACCAAUGAUGAUGAUGAUGAUGAUGAUGAUGAUGAUGACAAUGAUGACGCUGAUGAUAAUGAUGAUGAUAUCAAUGAUACUUCUUGCAAUAUACUCUCACCUGCCUCGAUGUACUGUAUUUAGCAGCAUGCAGUUUGUGGAACAAAGAAAAAGAGAAAUGCCAACAGAUAACUUUUUGGCAUACUUAGCCAUUUAUGGGUAAGUGAUUUAAGUGUUCAUCUUGUUUUUAUGAUAUUUUUUUUUAUCUAUACAAUAAUUGUAAAUAAAGAACUCAAUGUCUUUGUUCAUUUAAUACUAUGCAAAAAGUCAUGCUUUUCUGAUUGUUACCCACCCUUAAUCCUAGAGUGUGUUGCUGGAAUGUUUGUGGUCUCAAAAGUCAGUAAAAACAAUGUGAUGUAAAUUAUUUUCUAGCUGGAGGAAAAAGUUAAAUGAUGAUGAAAAUUAUUAUGAUACCAUGAGGAGGAUGAUAACAAUGGUGGUGACAGUGAUGAUAAUGAUGCUGAUGCUGAUGAUGAUGAUGAUGAUGCUGAUGAUGAUGCUGAUGAUGAACUGUGACUCUUGCUGCUUUACUGUCCAAUUUACCACACUCCUGACAGGAGCGCAAGUGAAAAACAUAAUAAAAACAAACAAAAAAAACAAAACAAAAAAAAGGAAAAAUCACUAAAUAAAUCUCCCAGAGCAGCAUGACCCAGCAUGGUGUGUCCUGGCCCCGUG